AUGCAAAAGAUCGUUCUUUUCUUCACAACCAUCGCCGUCGCUCAGGCCUUCCUUCUUCCAUCCGGAGGAGGAGGAUGUGGAUGCGCUCCACCACCACCACCACCACCAUGCGGAUGCGGAGGAGGAGGACUUCCACCACUCCAACUCCCAAGAUUCGAGCUUCCAAGACUCUCCCUUCCAUCCUUCGGAGGAGGCGGUUGCGGAGGAGGAUGCGGAGCCGCCCCAGCUCCAGCCUACGCUGCUCCACCACCAGCUGCCUCUUACGCCGCCCCACCACCACCACCAGCCGGAUACGCCACCGCUGGACGCAAGUAA